AUGGGUUGUGUACAGUCGUCUGGCAUUGACGAUGAAGCAAAAGCCCGCAAUGACGAGAUUGAGAGCCAGCUCAAGCGGGACCGCAUGAUGGCAAAGAAUGAGAUCAAAAUGCUACUGCUGGGAGCUGGAGAAUCGGGCAAGUCAACCGUGCUCAAGCAAAUGAAGCUCAUUCACCACGGCGGGUACAGUGAAGUAGAGCGGGACUCGUACAAAGAAAUCAUCUAUUCGAAUACCAUCCAGUCUAUGCGUGCCAUUCUGGAGGCGCUACCCGUCCUCGAUAUCCAGCUUUCGCCACAGAACGACGCACGGCGGUCCAUUAUUCUCUCGCUACCAGUGCAGAUCGAGGGCGAUGUGCUGGCACCUGACAUUGCCGACGCGGUACGCGGGCUCUGGGUGGACCCCGGUGUGAAGGAAGCCGUGAGCCGCUCGCGCGAGUUCCAGCUGAACGAUUCGGCUGUGUACUAUUUCAACUCGAUGGACCGUAUGUCAUCGCCAAGCUACCUGCCGACGGACCAGGACAUCCUGCGCUCGCGUGUAAAGACGACCGGCAUCACUGAGACGACGUUCAAGGUCGGCGAACUGACGUACAAGCUGUUCGAUGUUGGUGGGCAACGGUCAGAACGGAAGAAGUGGAUUCACUGCUUCGAGAACGUGACGGCACUGGUAUUCCUGGUCAGUCUCAGCGAGUACGACCAGAUGCUGUACGAAGAUGAGAGCGUCAACCGUAUGCAAGAGGCGCUCACACUAUUUGACUCGAUUUGCAACUCGCGGUGGUUCGUGAAGACUUCCAUUAUCCUGUUCCUCAACAAGAUCGAUUUGUUUGCAGACAAGCUGCCCAGAUCACCACUUGGCGACUACUUCCCUGACUUCACGGGCGGUGACAACUACGACGCCGCCUGCGACUACCUGCUCCACCGUUUCGUGUCGCUCAAUCAGAGUGCUGCAACGAAACAGAUCUACGCACAUUACACAUGCGCGACGGACACUCAGCAGAUCAAAUUCGUCCUGAGCGCCAUCCAGGAUAUCCUUUUGCAAAUCCAUUUGCGGGAGUGUGGUCUCUUGUAG